CGGGGUGGCUGCGUAGCUACGGGUCGAACCCCCAUUAGAUCACCAUGAAAACGAUGCUCGUCGGGAGCGUGAAAAAGCACCGCGGGACGCCACUGGACGCCGGAGGGAAAGGGACAACUCGCCGGAGAAGAGACCCACUUGUUUCGCCGGACUGUCGGACCUCAUCCUUGCCGUAGGAGACGACAAGGCCGCAGCCUUUGAUCGCCAGAGUCGUUGUUGUCUGUCACCGGUCAAAGAAACGACAGCAAACAUCGGACGUCCCUGCUCCUUGUUCCGACGAAGAAGACUAUUCCUGCAUGCAGUGAUUAUUUAGAGACCAAGUUAGAAGAAGUGAACUAAGAACGUCACCAAUUCAGGUAAGUUUCUCUGCCGAUCCAAAAUGUUUUCCUCGUAUUAUAUGCUUAUUAUGCAUUAUGUGAUUAAGUGUGAAUUUUGAAUUAUGUGUAUGUGAUUUUGAGGAGAUAUUAUAUAUAUGGUAGUUGAGAAAUACAAAUUAAUUAAGUACUUUUGGGGUAUUAAAUAUUUUUAAAUACCUUUGAGACUAUUUAGAGAGACUGAGAAAUAUUUUUGAAAGUAUAUCUAAAGUCAAGAUAAAAUUUACGUUUUUAUAAGAAGUGAGCACCCGGGAGAAAUCCGUGGUGUCGGUUUUCCACAUCCGGAUAAAUGUGGAGGGUGAUUAAGGCUGCUACUACUAAGAAGUACAAUUUGAGUUUGAAGUGACAUUUGGAUCUAUGAUCCCUUUUAAGAAGAAGUUAUGGUGGUAGUAGUCCCUAAUCAUUCAAGAAUUUUAAAGGUGGGGUAGUUGGUAGACUGAGUCCCGAUUACUCGUGACGACUUACUACUCGGAGGGCUUGGAAUCCCUUUUAGGGGGUGUGCACACUUAAGGUAGUCGUUUCGUUUCCAUUAGCAGUUGUGGUACCGGCAAAAGUCCCGGGGUGGCCGUACAUAACAACGUAACCACCGGGCUUAACCAGAGUGUUGAGCACCGCCCUUCUAAAUUACUAGGAAGAUAGAGAAGAAGUGAAUUUUGAGAAAUUAUAAGAGAAGAGUUACUAUAGUAUUUUCAAAGAAAAGUUGAGGACUUUAUUAAAGAAGUGAUUUUGAGAAAUAUCAAAGAGAAAAGAAUUUUGGUGGAGUGUGUCAUUUUUAUAUAGUAUUAUAUGAAAAACUAUUUUUAGCCAAACCUGAUUAUUUUACGGGGUUGGGUAGUACUUACUUAGCUCUAAAGCUAAUUUUUGUUUCCUUUUCUUUGUUUUGUUUUCUGCACUUUAUUUGUGCAGGUGAUGAUGCUUAUGUGGACUGAUGAUUGUAUGACCACGAGAGCGGUUUAGAAAUGCCUUAGUCAAACCUAGUCAUAAAUAAACAAUCCAAUUAUGUUGAACACUUGUUUUACUUUGUUUGGUGAUUGCCUGUGCAUUCGGUUAAGAGAUGACCGGAUGUGGCGGUAACACCCAUUUCCCAAUUAAUGUUAUUUCCGCUGCAAAACUUUUUAUCUGUUUGAAAGAAUAAAUCAAGUUAUUAUCAAUAAAUCUAUUCUUUCAAGUAUUAUUUUGGGAGGGAAAAUGGGGGUGUUACAGACGUACAGAGAUUAACUGGACGCCUGGCAGCACUGAGCCGUUUCAUGUCCAAGCUGACGGAUAAGGCGAUCCUUUUCUUUCAGAUCAUGAAGAAGGCAAAUCCCUUUGAAAGGACCGCAGAGUGCCAGACGGCCUUUGAAGAUUUCAAGAAUUACCUCUCCGCUCGUCCUCACAAAGGCGGAUCCAGGGGAACAACUGUACAUGUACUUAGCGGUAGCGGACCUGGCAGUGAGCUCUGUGCUACUAAAGGAGGAUGGGGACGUCCAUCGGCCGAUAUACUUCGUAAGCAAGGCGCUGAACGGCCCAGAAACUAGGUCACUCUGAUGGAGAAGACGGUCCUCGCACUGAUAGCAUCCAUCAAGCGUUUGGCGCCGUAUUUCCAAGCCCAUCCAAUCACAGUCUACACCACACAGCCUCUCGCCACAAUCCUCAGGAAUCCUAUGGCAAGCGGAAGGAUUACUAAGUGGUCCUUGAUGAUCGGCCAAUACAACGUAGACUUCAAGCCAAGGCCAACGAUCAAGGGUCAAGCAUUAGCGGAUUUCAUAGCAGAAUGCACUGCGCGCACCGAGGACAGCUCCCAGGACACUGACGACUUCGACAAUUGGUGGGAGAUGUACACCGAUGGAGCCUCAAGUGCGCGGGGUUGUGGCGGAGGAGCGGUGAUUACCUCUCCCGAAGGUUUCAAGGCAUACUACUCUAUGAAGUUUGAGUUCAAAGUGACCAACAACGAGGCUGAGUACGAAGUGCUCAUCGCAGGACUAAAAUGCGCGAGGGCCCUCGGAGCAGCUCGUCUGAAGGUCAGAAUGGACAGCCAGCUGGUAGUCACCCAAAUGAAUGGGACGGCUGAAACCCGGGAAGAGAGAAUGAAGAUGUACAAAGAAUUGGCGGAGGAGCAGACUGCACAAUUCGAGCAGGUGAUCAUCAACCAGGUAUCUCGGGUGGAGAAUGCCGAGACCGAUAUAUUAUCCAAACUCGGCAAUCCUCCAACAGAUGACUUGGCGACGUUCGUCCCCCAGCAUGUCAGGGGGUUUGUAAGACAAGAGACGCUCCUACAGCCGGCCACAGAGACGAUAUUAGUAGAGGUUGUUUCCUUCGCCAAGCCUACCUGGUUGAACGAGAUCGCAGACUAUCUUAGAGAUGGGACUCUCCCCCGAGCCCCCAGCUGAUGGCAGCACCGGGAAAGCAGCCUGGAUCAAAAGAAAGGCUCCCAACUUCGAGCUCAUCGAUGGACAACUAUACUCUACAAGAAGACGUUCGGGGGGGCCUACUUAAAAUGUCUCACGCCAAGCCUAGCCGUCGCAGUCCUGGAGGAAAUUCAUGAAGGAAUCUGCUUGAGUCAUCAAGGGUCGCGGACCCUAGCCCGGAAGAUCAUCCUGCAAGGAUAUUACUGGCCCACCAUACAACGAGAUUGUUUCAACCACACUCGGAAGUGUGCAGUAUGCCAACAGUAUGCACCGGUACCGGGACGCCCUGCGAGUUUCUAGACCC